CAUCCAGCUUCUUGUGAUGAAGGUAGAUGAGGUUGGCACAUUAAUUAUAAUAGGAGAUCCAACGUCAAGAGACGGCAAACACUUUUUCAACUCUUGGAAUCAGCUGCCUCUGUCGCGGGUUUUUCUUUCUCCUCUUCAACCGGCACCACAACUUGGCCGGCCUCGGGGGAAGGAUCUGCUGGCUUGUCCUUCAGAUUAAUCCAGCGGAAUCCGCACGCGAUGAAAAAUGACACUAUAGCGCAGACAACAGCAACAUAGAAGGUAUUUUUCAACCCGACCAAGUAAGCAAAACGCAAGUCAUCAUACACCUUGUCGAACCCACCGGCUUCGGUGAUCAGAGGCCCCAGGUCUGCGGAUGCGGUCAGGUUACUCAGGGUCUGGCGGAUGUUGGAGGCGCCCGUCUCGAGCAGCAGCGCCGGG